GGCAUCAGGGCACCGGGCAUGGGCUCUCCGCAGCGCCGGAGCCUGCGCCUCCUCCUCCUCGGGCGGGCCGCCCGCCGGGCACCGAAACCUGCCGCCACCAGGCCCAGCCCCGGCCCCGCCGCCAGGGGGCGCCCCCGUGCCAGCCCCGGCUCCGCCGCCAGGGGGCGCCCCCGUGCCAGCCCCGGCCCCGCCGCCAGGGGGCGCCCCCGUGCCAGCCCCGGAGAUGCGGGGCAACAGGUUGCCAGGGUGAAGAAUGCGGGGCAACAGGUUGCCAGGGUGAAGAAUUUGGGGCAACAGGUCGCCGGGGCCGAGGAUGCCGGGCACCACCUUGCCCGAGCCAGGGAUGCCGGGCACGACGAUGCCGGGCCCGAGGACAAGGGGCAACAGGUUGGCAGAGUCAGGGCUUUGGGGCCCGAGGUUGCCCGAGCCGAGGAUGCGGGGCAGGAGGAUGCCAGGGCCGAGGGGCCGAGAGCCGGGGGCCACAGCCAGGAGGUGGGCGGGCCCCGGGGUCCUGAGCCCGAGGGGCAGGGCCAGGGCCAGGGGGAUGAGCCUGCGGCUGUAGGGCAGGGGCAGGAACAGAGGCCUGAGGUUGUAGAGCAGGGGCAGGGGUCAAAGGCUGUAGGGCAGGGGCAGGAACAGAGGCCUGAGGCUGUAGAGCAGGGGCAGGGGUCAAAGGCUGUAGAGCAGGGGCAGGGGUCAAAGGCUGUAGGGCAGGGCCAGAGGCCUAAGGCUAUGGGGCAGAGGGCUGAUGGUGCGGGACAGGGACCUGAGGCUGUAGGGCAGAGGUCUGGUGCUGUAGGGCAGGGACCUGAGGCUGUAGGGCAGGGCCAGAGGCCUAAGGCUGUAAGGCAGGGGCAGGAUCAGAUGCCUGAGCCUGUGGGGCAGAGGCCGGAGACUGCAGGGCAGAGGCCGGAGACUGCGGGGCAGAGGCCGGAGACUGCGGGGCAGGGGCCUGAGGCUGCAGGGCAGGGGCCUGAGGCUGCAGGGCAGGGGCCUGAGGCUGUGGGGCCGAGGCCUGAGGCUGUAGAGCAAGGGCCUAAGGCUGUAGGGCAGGGGCAGGGGCCUGAGGCUGCGGGGCAGGGCCAGAGGCCUAAGGCUGCAGAGCAGGGGCAGGGGCAGGGGAAGAGGCCUAAGUUUGCAGAGCAGGGGCAGGGGCAGAGGCCAAAAGCUGCAGAGCAGGGGCAGGGGCAGAGGCCUAAGGCUGCAGAGCAGGGGCAGGGGCCUAAGGCUGCAGAGCAGGGGCAGGGGCAGAGGCCUAAGGCUGCAGAGCAGGGACAGGGGCAGAGGCCAAAAGCUGCAGAGCAGGGGCAGGGGCAGAGGCCUAAGGCUGCAGAGCAGGGGCAGGGGCAGAGGCCUAAGGCUGCAGAGCAGGGGCAGGGGCAGAGGCAGAGGCCUGAAGCUGUGGGGCAGAGGUCUGAGGUUGCGGGGCAGAGGCCUGAGGCUGUAGAGCAGGGGUGGGGGUCUAAGGCUGUAGGGCAGGGGCAGGGGCUUAAGGCUGGGAGUCAGGGGCAGGAACAGAGGCCUGAGGCUGUAGGGCAGAGGCCUGAGGCUGUGGGGCAGAGGCCUGAGGCUGUAGGGCAGAGGCCUGAGGCUGUGGGGCAGAGGCCUGAGGCUGUGGGGCAGAGGCCUGAGGCUGUGAGGCAGGGGCAGGAACAGACACCUGAGGCUGCAGGGCUGAGGUCUGAUGCUGUGGGGCAGGGACCUGAGGCUGUAGGGCUGGGGCCUGAAGCUGGGAGGCAGGGGCAGGAAGAGAGGCCUGAAGCUGCGGGGCAGAGGACUGAGGCUGCAGGCCAGGGGCAGGGGCAGGGGCAGAGAAAGCGUCUUGGCCCCCCGGGGCCCGAGCCCCCCUCCACCAAGAAGGCCAAGAAGGAAGAGGCGCCAUCCAUCCUCAUCCCCAAAGGGAGGCCCAAAUCCGGCCGGGUGUGGAAGGACCGCAACAAGAAGAGGUUUUCCCAGAUGGUGCAGGACAAACCACUCCGCACAUCCUGGGAGCGAAAGAUGAAGGAGCGUCAGGAGAGGAAGCUGACCAAGGACUUUGCCCGACAACUGCAGGAUGGAAAACGGAGGGAACGAGAGGAGAAGAAACGACGCCGGGCGGAGAACCUGAAGCGAAGGCUGGAGAAUGAGCGCAAAGCGGAGAUCGUCCAAGUGAUCCGGAACCCGGCCAAGCUGAAGCGGGCCAAGAAGAAGGACCUGCGGCGCGUGGAGAAGCGCGACACCCUUGCCCUGCUGCAGAAGCUGCCGCCCCAGCGCCCGGCGGCCAAGGCCUCAGGAGCCACGGGGUGACGGACUCUUCCCUUCCUGUGGGAGAGGUCCCCGGGACCGGCCGGUCACGACGGGGACAGUCGGAGGUCGCCCGGCCCCGGGGGUGAUCUCGGGGUCACCGAUGGCGUCGGAAUCGGUAUCGGCGGGGCCCGCUUUGGGUGAGGAGGGCCGGCCGGGCCCAACAAAUUCUCAGGUGUCAGAAGCGAAGCGGGGACUUCCGCCUUCCCCAGCCCCGCUUCUCCUUUCCCUUCUCCCAGGGAGGAGACAAAAAACAAGCAAUAAAGUCUAUAAUUCGUAGGA